AUGGCACUUACUAAACGCUACCCACGUUUGCCUCAGCUGCAGGUACACUCGGAAGUCUCUCUGGAAUCCAGGAUCACAAAGAAACCGAGCACCGGGCGCUGUGAAGCUUCCCUCGCCGGGCGCCCAGAGGGCAGGAGACCCCGCUCUGCGCCCGCCCAAGGCCUCCCCCGCUCGUCCCGGACCCCCGCUGGCUCAGAUCUCACCUGCUGCCGCCGCUGGCGGGACCCGGACCAGGACCCUGCCCGCCGCCACGCUGCUCCCGGGCGCUGCGCGUGCGCCACCGAAACGGCGCCGGAGGGACCGGAGCCGCCGCGCGAGCACCGGACUGCGGCCACGAGCAGCGCGCGGGCCCGCCCGCACCCCAACGAGCAGCGCGCCGGCCAUUGCUCACCGGAAGCCAGCAGCCACCAUGUGACACCAGCCACUUCCGGGGCUCAUGCGGGGAGCCCGGGCUGCAGUACCGAACUGUGGACACAGGAUGGCAGCAGCGAGAGCGCCGGGCGCCGCACCGCCCCCCCCCCGCAGCCCAUCACAAACCCAGAGCUAAAGGACCAGAUCUCAAAAAUGAUAAAAAUUUUAAGUGGGGAAAUGGCCAUUGAGUUCCUUCUUUUGUUUUUAAUACGCAACAACAAUACAGGCCUUGUGAUUCUCAAAAACACUAAGAUAAGAGCUUUUUUGGGUAUAGAUGCAGUUCAGAAUUCUGUGUUUCAUACAGCAACAGUUAUAGCAAACUCCUUUAUGCAUUGUGGUACAACCAGGGACCGGCUCCCUAGAGAUGAUUUGGAGCGGCUGGCCAGGGCCACUAACUGGGCUAAGUUUACUGCUAUUGCCAGCUUGGGUGUUAUACACAGGGGUCAUGCGGAAGAAGCAUCGCAGCUAAUGGCAACUUACCUGCCCAAGGACACCUCGCCAGGGUCAGCAUACCAGGAAGGUGGGGGCCUGUAUGCCUUGGGUCUCAUUCAUGAUAGCCAUGGUGGGGACAUUAUUUGUUACUUGCUGAACCAGCUGAAGAAAGCCAGUAAUUAUAUUGUCUGACAUGGUGGCAGCCUGGGUUUUGGUCUGGCUGCCAUGGGGACAGCAGGUCCAGAUGUGUACGAUUUGCUGAAAACAAAUCAAUACCAUGAUGAUGCAGUGACAGUUGAGACAGCUGGCUUUGCACUGGAACUGGAUAUGUUGUGAUCUAAAAAUGCUCAAGCUAUUGAGGACAUGGUUGGCUAUGCACAGGAAACCCAGCAUGAGAAGAUUUUGCGAGGCCUUGCAGUUGGAAUUGCUCUGGUCACGUAUGGGAGAAUGGAGGAGGCAGAUGCUCUCAUUGAGAGUCUGUGCAGAGAUAAGGAUCCAGUUCUCUCUCUUUCUGGCGUGUACACUGUUGUGGUGGCAUGCUGUGGCUCAGGGAACAACAAGGCUAUCAGGGGCUUAAUGCAUGUGGCUCUGAGUGAUGUGAAUGAUCAUGUGAGGUGGGCAGCUGCUGAGUUGCUUGGUUUCGUUCUGUUCAGCAGGUGGCUCUUAAGAGCUUCAGCUCUGUUGCAUUUUUUCUUGCUGCAUAGCAAUAGUCUCCUGAAUUUAAAAAGAGUGGUUUAA